GUAAACACAGACGAAAGUAAAAACAAAACAUGUGGAACAGAAUCAAGCGUUACUAGUUCGAUGGACUUUGUUGAUUGUUUUGACAUAUUUUGGGCAUUUCGAAUUAGAAAUAAAUGAAUUUUCGCACAAAUAAUGAUUUUUGAUCGUUUUUCCCAAUCAUUUUCAGUUGAAUGUUAUCGCAUACAAAUGGUAUAUGCUAACAGAUUGGAAUUACUCAAUAAAUGUUACGUUGUCAAAGUAUCAGGUUGAUGUGCGUGCAUGCGAACCAUUAGCUGACGUUUGAAUCAAUGCAAAUUCCAAAAUCCGUUUGUUUUGAAUGUAUUCACACUUCGUUUGCUAAUUACGUUUUCAAAAUAUUGAAAUAAUAAAAAAAGAAAAUUCCAAAUAUGUAAACAAAUGUUGAUGAAUUAGGUUUGAAAUUUUUUUCCCGAAAAAAAUAGUUCAAAACAAAAUUAUUUAUAGAAAAUUUAGCAUAAAUCACUUUCGUUUUCAAACGAAUGCGGCGACGGAUUGGUAUGAAGUUGUCCGCAUGUUGGUGUUUUUGGUUUCGGUUUUACACACGGUCCAAAUGUGCCGAGUGAAUGACGAGAGAGAGCGGCAAAAGACAGACGGCACGGCAUACACAUGCGAAAGUCAAAACAUCGGAACCGAAACGAAAUGUGAAAGAGAGGAGCGUAUGUGGCACACCGAUAACAUUGUAUAGAGCGGUUUCGUUCGAUCCUUCUGUCAGGUAUAGACGGAUGGAGUGCUUUCAAGUGAGUAGUAACACCAUCACAUCGGUCUCCUCGCCAAAUCACACUGUAUUCGAUGGAAAUGUGCCAGUUAGUUCGUAGUGAAUAUUGAUGAAGUGAAUAUCGCUCCACAUCGAGAGACAGAGAGCUGAUGUCAUUUACAAGGAAACCACUGAACAUUACAAAAUUGAAGGGAAAAAAAAUCGCAAACCAGCUAAAAAAGAAAUCAAAUCCACAAAAAUAUUUUGUUUGAGUGUUUCUGUCAUUCAAUCGGUGUAAUCGGCAAAUGUGUGAACAGUGAAAUUAUCUCAUUCUGUGACCGAAUCAAUCUAAAUGUUCCAAUUGUCAUUUUUGGAAAGUGAUCAAGGCCGAUACCGAAGUUUUCAACAGAGAGACUAAAUCGAUUGCAACACGGUUUUUUGGUGUGUGCGGUGAAGUGAAGAAUCGGUUGCGAAAAAAAAAGAAAUAAAAAAACAAAUUGUGUGUAAAACCAUUUCAAUAUGACCGAUGAUGUAUUGAAGAGAAUAGCUCGCAGUGGCGGAUGUCGAUUAUGUCUCGCUCCCGAUUCGGAAUGUGUUCCCAUUUUUGCGACAGCUGCUGCUGACAAGGAGCCACUCUCAAAUAAAAUUCUUUCAUGUGUCAGCAUUAAGAUACUGCCAGCGGAUCGGAUGUCAAAUCGAGUAUGCCAUGCGUGCAUCAGUUUUCUAAAUUCAUGGCAAAGUUUCAAGAAUCGUUGCUAUGCCGCACAGAAGAAGCAACAAAAUUUCAUCGAUCUAUUGUUGGCCAAAGAGCGUGCAAAGCAAAAAGCCGAAAAUGACCGUAAGCGCCAACUGCAACCAGGCAAGGUAGCACCGGUCGCCAUCGUCGACGACCAGCAAAGAAUCCUGAAAAACGCUUUACUUAAUUCCACAAUGCGAUCGAACGCAGUGAACAACUCAUCUAUCGAUGUUAGCUUCAUCAAAGAAGAACCAGAAGAUAUAACAAGCGAUAUCGAUGAUAUGGACAAUAUGGAUCCGACACAAUUCUUAGCUCAGGAAAACGACGAAGAGCUGGAAAAUGAUGAGCAUCCACCGAUUUUAGCGUCUCUUGGGCUCACACACAUCAAUCACCAAAACACAGACAAUGGCACUGAUCAAAUGGAUGAUUCACUUGGUCAGCAGAAUGUAAAUAAUUCAAUAACAGGACGAUCGCAAGCCAGCUGCACCAUUUGUCACAUGCAAUUCUCAAAUCGAGCGAAUGCACGUCGACACGAGCGAAAUAUUCACGGCAUUCGGAUAUCGUUACAGGGCUCAAACACAGUUCAGCCAAAAGAUAAGCUAGAGAUCUCAAUAGCUGCACCCAUUAAAUUGAAGCGCCCGCUUGAUGUACCAACCAUUUACGAUUACACCAAACCCGAACAGUUCCGACACUUUUUGACCGAGCCACGGUUGAAUUUCAUUCGGCGUCAUCUGGAAUUUCUGGAACAGUAUCAAACGAUGACUUGCAAGUGCUGCAACAAACAAUUUCCCACAUACAAAUUUUUCAUGGCACACAUGCGCAAAAAGUAUGAUACGCUAUCGCGAAAUUUGUGCUUCAAGUGCUUGAAACAAUUCCAGACGAAGCCACAAUUUAUUGCACAUUUGAAGAAACGAAACUGCUUGAAUUUGUAUCGCGUAUUUAUGGCCGAUGACACCAUAUUAAAAGAACCAUUGCCAAAUGCACCGAUUCGAUAUGGAUCGAAGGAAAUUAUUGCGAAUAAAACGUAUGGCUGUCGCUUGUGCACCGAAACAUUUAGGCUAAAAUCGGAUUUUCGCACGCAUGUGGUUGAAACACACAGCGAUGCACAGAAACGUGAAGUUGCCGGCAGCAAUGCAUGCGGCUAUUGCAGCACCGAAUUCGAAGAUGCCAACGAACGUCGUCGUCAUUUCAGCAAUGUUGAGUGUAUGGUAUUCUUGGUGUGCGGAACGUGUGAAGAGAAAUUCAAUACGCAUCCCGAAUACAUUGAACACGUUUAUGCAACCCAUAUUGCAACGGCAAAUGAAACUCCAAUUAAAAAUGAAUUUUUGUUGGAAGACGAGAAUGGUUUGCUGGUCGAGGAUCCAACGCCAUCGUCACAAUCGAAAGCAAGAAGUCCGCAAAAUUGCACCGUCUGUGGUAAACAGUAUAAUAAUUACUAUAACGUUUUGCGCCAUAUGGAAUCGAAGCAUCCCGAUCAAGUGCCAACUACAUAUCGCUGUGAUCGCUGUGAGAUUGGAUACCCUCGGCAAGUUGAAUUGCGUGAGCACAUGCUUCGUGUGCACAAUGAGCGCCUUAAAUUCGAUGCCAUCAAGCAGAAACGUGAACAGUUCACAUGUCGUGAAUGCAAAGCCGCAUUCGACAGCAAAGACACAUGGGUGACACAUCAAGGGGAAGAGCAUUUCAAAUUCGGUUGCAACCAAUGCGAUGAGGAAGUCGAAAAGAAGGAAGACUUUUUGACACAUCUUGCAACACACUCGGAAGCAAAGUCAUUCAAAUGUCCGGUUUGCCAGCAUUCGUUCAGCUCGGAACGUGGAUUUGAAACACAUUUGUCGGUCGUUCACAAUAUGACCAAAGAAGAAGUGGCCGAUAAUAAUUUGGAGAGCAGUGAUUUCGGUGAACUUCCGGUCGAAUGUGCUGUGGAAAUAAAUGGUGAAGACGAGUCAGACAACGAGAACAUGCACGAUGGUGGUGAAGAUUUGGAUGGUAACGAUGCGGAUAUCGAUGAAACACUUGAACCUCCGGCCAAACGAAUUAAACUUGAGACCACGAUUGAAAAUGAUUUGAAUUCGUCGAACAAUGAGAUUUCGUUGAGCACAACAUGCCGCAUUUGCAAAGAAACAUUCACUUCAAGGGCAUUUUUAAUGCAACACAUGCGAAGUUCGCAUAGCUCAGUUCCGAAACUGCCAUCGCUCACCGCUUCACCUCAUGUCACCGUCCAAACACAUAACGUCAACAAUCGGCUACGCUGUCGCAUCUGCCAGAAACGUAUUCACACCAAAAAUGGUUACAAACGUCACAUGCUCGACGUGCACAAUGUGAAGGAUUGCGUAUUCAUAAAGUGUACGUUGUGUCCAUCGGAAUUCAGCAAUGAUAAGGGUUUGAAAGUGCACAUGUUUCGAACACACAACAUAACCGUGCAGCAAAUGCAAGCCGACGAAAGUUUGGUGCCAAUCCCAAAACAAGAAUCCACUUCACCGACACUAACUCCAGUUGUGCCGAAAACGGAACCAAAGCAAAUGUUUGAAUGCAACAUAUGUCACACAGUUUAUCGUAAUCGAGAUCAAUUAAAAUCACAUCGAAGCAUCGUGCAUAAGAUAAAUGACAGUGACUUGAACGAAACAAAUCUACUAGAGACAAUGGCCGAGGAGAAUACGUAUUCGGGCGAAUCGUGGUGGCAAUGCCGAUUCUGCAACGAAUCAUUCAACGCAAGCAAAAAGUUGACCAUUCACAUGAACAGCCACAGCGAAUACGAUAACAAAGAAACCAAAUGCAAGGAUUGUGGAAAUGUGUACGGAACGCGUAAAUCACUUUGGGUGCAUCGUCAAAAGAAACAUCCUCGAUUGCCAAAUCCAUCGCCGUGUGAACUGUGCGAUAAGACAUUCUUUGAUAAAACGGAACUUUUCUAUCAUUUGAAGACUCAUUCAAACGACGAUGUAUUCUCGCACUUGCAAGCGAUGCAAGAGCAGUUGGAGGCCGAACAAGAGAGUCGUCAAAAGCAAGAGCAAGCCGGUGAAGGUCAAGAGAAUCUUUCGUGCCAUAUUUGCAAUCAACAAUUCCAUGAUAAACGUGUGCUCAGCAAACAUCUUCGUAUGCAUGAGCAAAAGCAAAAUGAAAGCUCAUUCAAUAAUUCGGCACUCGCAGCAAUGCUGGCCGACACAAAUAUCAGUACCGAUGAAAAUCUUGGCGAAUACAGUUACCCAUCGUACAAAGGCCAAAUGGUUGAGAACGGUGAAUUUGCGUGCGACAUGUGUCCAAAGAAAUUUUCACAUGUUAAUGCGUUGAAAGUUCAUCGUGGUUGGCAUUUCCGUUCGCCCGACGGACGUCAAAUCACUGACAGCAAUAGCAUUUGGCGUCCAGACGUGGGUAGUAACAACAGAAAUAAACGCUCCAGAGCAUCCAAUCCACCCGUUUGCCCGUAUUGCAAUUCAACAUUUGCCAGCGGCAACAAUUUGCGUCGUCACAUUGUCGAGGUGCAUAAACGAAACGAGGCAAAGCUGAUGCGCGAAAAUGGUAUCGAAACAACAUUCAUCGAAAAAGAAUGUGAAUGUCAGUCUUGCGGUAUAACAUUUAACACGCGACCAGAAUGGGUGGAACACAAGAUAUCGCAUGCUCGAACAAUGAAACCAUCGACCACCUAUGAAUGGGGCUGUGAGAUUUGUGGCAAAGUGUUCACUCGCAAAGAACGGUUACUGGUUCACAUGACAUCGCAUAUGAAUGGUGGCGAAGAAGAGAUCGCACAGAGAAAGGCAGAAAUGGGAUUUGAGAGCAAUUCGCAGAGUUCGAUGUCUUCGUUGUCACAGCUAGAUAGCGUUCGCAAGUAUGAAAGUAAAUCAUUGCUCAAGCAGCCGUCUCUUCUCAAGCAAUCAUUACAAGGAAAGCCAUCGCAGUCAGCAGAGAAUGAUGACGGAAAGUUGCAUAAGGCAGACUCAGAUGGAUCGAUGGAUUUGGAUGGAGAAGAACCAUCGAAUUUUAAUGAGCAGGAUGAUGAAGAAGAAGAGCAAAGCUAUUCAUGCGAUUUGUGCGAUCAAGAAUGCAAGAGUGCCAAGGAACUGCGACAGCAUGUUAAGAGCCACAUUGAGUCGAUUGGCGGGCAAGCCGAGGAAUCAAACAUAGACGAUGAACAGUACGACGACGGUGAUGGCAGCGAAGUGGCUGAAAAUGACGAUGGAAUUGAGGAUCAUUAUGAAGUCGACGACGGUAUCGACGAAGAAAUGGGUGAAGAGGAAAUGGUUGAGGAGGGUGACAUGGUUGAAGAGGAUUUCGAAGACGAUGAAGUUGACGAAGGCGAACCCGCCGAAGAACGAACAGCCAAUGUAACCGGUUUCAAUUGUAGGCUUUGUGGAUCGAGCAGCGCAUCACACAUCGAUAUGAUCAAAUGCAUGGAAGGCCACAAAGUGAAAACGAGUACACAAUGCGAACAAUGUCAAUUAUAUUUCACGAACAACAAUCAAUUAGAAACCCACGAGAUGCUUUGCCAUCCGCAAGAGGACUUCGAUGAAGAUAGUGAUUAAGUAAAUACGUUUCUUGAGCGAGAGAGAGAGAGUGAGAGAGAGAGAGUAAAAGAAAUUCCCACGUGCACAUACAAAAAUUGUUCAUUUUUCUUUUUUUCCUGUUCAAAUUGACCUCGAAAGAGAAUGUAAAACUUACUUAACAAUUAUAUAUGAUAAUACUUUUUAAAAAAAGAGGACAUUAGACGUAGGCCAAACAGAAUAAAAACAUGAAAAAUUGAAUAUAUAUGCAAAUUCAGCUAUUCCAUGCCGCUAAAGCGACAACACUAAUAAUGUUCAUGGAUCUAGUGUGUGUGCGCGUUUUUUUCUCAAACAGAACAGUUGAUACAUAGGACAUUUUUAUGUAGAACAUAAUAAAUAAUAAUUAUUAUCAGAUGGAAUAGUCAUUUUUGAAACCUUUUCUGCGAUCAAAAUAUGAAAAUAUCACGAAGCAAAAGUAAAAUUGGUUGAACAUUUUUUAGAAUACGCAAUGAAAGCCAAAAUGUUUUUAAAUAUUUUUUGAUGAUUGGAGAAAUGAUUUUUUUUUAGAUUUGCAAAGAGAAGCAAAACAUUUACGAUAUAUUUUUGGAUGAACGAGAUAAAUUUGGUUGACAUGAUUUCAUUGUAGUCGCUUAUCAGUAGAGUAGCAUUUUUCUGUUUUUGAGAUAUACUUCUCUGCGCCAGAAAUCGUAACCGAGCAAUUAAAUUAUAGAAUUUUACACACUUAAGAGUCUUACCGAUUUACAAUUUAAGUCAAACUAUAUUAUUAUUAAUUAUUAUUAUUAUUCGUUCAAUUCACUAAAUUCUACUGACUUCGAUGGAUUGAAAUCGUCAUUCGAUUAAAUUGAUUCAAUGGUUAAACAGAUUAACUGUGCAAUUUAAUAAAAAAUUCGAUUUCUCCGACUGUAACACACGAUCACCUUGCAUUCGUAGCGAAACACACAAUAAAAAUGAAUUUCAAAACAUUUUCAAACCAAAA